GAUACGAUUGAUUGCGGAACGCGUAUGUUAGAAGCAACUGUUACUAACGGUACACUCAAAGGAAGUAAAUGUAUAGAGCUCUCAGGGAUUGAAAAUUUUUAUAGAUUUUUUAUAAUUUUUCGAAUUAUAUGCCAAUAUGACAUCGUUAUCAGAGAAAGAAAUCGUGUACGAAUCUACAGUUUCGAGGAUAGCCAUUUUGGCGGGUGACGUGUUUGCAUGCCGAGUAUUGACAGCCAUAACAUAAAUGAUCAACGUUGUACGUAAUAUGGCGAUAAUCGCUUUCCCGAUAUCCUGGUGGCAGAGAACAUGGUAAUCCGAGGCUCGAAUGAAAAAGGAUUGAUACGAUUUUUCACAAUGGUGAGAAAUAUUAAUCAAUUCGAGUACCGCCGGAUGGUAAACAGAAGAAAGGCCGCGUAUAAUUUUCAGCUGCGCUAGGGGGGGCAAUGCACCAUGGGAACAAUUUGCGACAGGCGCAUGCGCAGAUCAGUUUACAGUUGGAGCUUGGAAGAAAAUGGCGUCAGCUAAGUUUCUGGAGGAAGCUCUGAGCACGGACGUCGAUGAAUCCGCAGUGAACGCGAUAGUGGGCUCCCUUGAGACGCAACUAGUAACAUCGACGCCGGCUGUCUCUGGUCAUCAAGCAAGUUCUGCGUCAGUCAGCCAGCAGAAUCAUCAGGUGAACAGUGGUAUUUCCAACGGGGGCACCAUCAACGCGGUACAGCCACAGAAACAUGGGGUUUCGAACGGUGGCGGUGCUACUACAGUAAAUAGUCUGAUGACUCAAGAAGUUACGAAGUCCAUUACAACGAGCACUCUUCUCCCAGUAAACGUGGUUACCUCAAACACAGUGGCGCCACAGGUUACUACACAACAGCAGCAACAGCAUACACAAUCAGCAGUCCCCCCUGCUACUUAUAUCAAUCAAGUUACUACAAACCAGGUGACCAGUAAUCAAACAACACAUAUACCGAGCCUUACUAAAGCGCACGAGCCUGUCAAGAUUAUUUAUCCGACUGUUGGUCAGGUAAUAGCAACCACGGGGGUAGCAAAUGUCAAUAAUAAACUUUCCUUUCCUACGCAAACUGUUGGACAGCUAGCCAACGGCACAUUGGGAAUAACAUCCCAAGCAGUGUUACAGACAACAUCGAAUGUUGUAACUAAUGUUAGCUCGGUUAGUGAAACAGGUAGUCAAACAGUGGCUAGUGUAAAUAAGCCAACAGGUACAGCUUUAGUGAUAAAGACUAGUGUAGCACCCAGUGGCAUGGUUUCCGUUCCAAUGUCUGUUCCUGUUUCUGUGGCUGGCAAUGCCGUCAGCACAGCGCUACAGGGUAAGGCUGGGGUUACAUCUACGAUAGUGCCCAGCAAUGUGCAAAUUCUUAACGUGAACGCGAUGCGUCCUGGCACGCCAGUGGCAGGACAGCAAGCAGGAAAGCAAGUUGGGUCUAGAGUAGUUAUUGGUCAACACAUGAUUGGAACUGGAAGACCUGGAGCUCCAGGGAUAACAUUACAAACGCUUCAUAGUCUUCAACCUGGGACUCAAGGUCAUAUAUUAUUAAAAACAGAAACUGGACAGUAUCAGUUGAUAAGGGUAGGACCACCUCCAACUGCAGGUACUCCUGCUGGUACUGCGGUUACACCAAAUAGUAUAGCAGGAAAUGCAGUGGUUGCUGCACCAUCUCCAGGCACUGCCUACCGCUUAGCCUCAGUGCCGGCUGUAAGUAGGCUGAACACACAGUUCACUGGCCCACCACUCGCCACCUUAAGAAAAACAGUUCAGACUGUGGCUGCAACUAUUACAACAGCAACUACAACUCCAGUGACUGUGACUGCUGCUGCCACAACUACACCUACUCCACCUGUUACUACUGUUCAGACAGUUCAGACGCCAACACCUCGUCAAACUACAGAUAAUACCAAAGAAAAGUGCCGUAAAUUUUUAGCAAACUUAUUAGAGUUGUCUAGUCGAGAACCUAGAGCGGUGGAGCGAAAUGUUCGAACUUUGAUACAAGAAUUAAUUGAUACUAAAGUCGAACCCGAGGAGUUCUGUGAUAGACUCGAAAGAUUAUUGAAUGCAUCACCCCAACCAUGCCUGAUUGGAUUCCUCAAAAAGAGUUUGCCACUUUUACGGCAAUCCCUUGUUACAAAAGAGUUAGUCAUAGAAGGCAUAAAACCACCUCCAGCCAAUGUUGUUUUUCCUGUAACGUCUGCCACUCCUAUAGUUACACAGAACCAGCUUAGACCAACUGUUGCUGUGACAGCAGCAACAAUUCCUGUAACUCCAGUUACUGCUGUUACUACUCAGAUAAGAGUAAUGACUCCGAUACCUGCAGCUACAACUACAGUCCCUCGACCUGCUCAGCCAGUUCAGCAAAGGCUGAUACGACCCGUCACAACGGUAGUUCGUAGUCCUACAGCGUAUACUGUAAAGUCAACAGUAGCAGUAAGUGGAAUUCGACCUACUGCCCCUACGGUCCAAAAACCACCUGUUACCACAACUAUUGUUAAGACAAUUACAACUACAACACAAGGCAAAACAGUUAACACAACCACUACUGUUAAUAAAGCCGUAGUGCCUUCUUUUGUUCCAAAGCCAACUACUAAAGAAAAAGAAAAAAAGACAUUUUCAUCUGCAGGAUACACGGGAGAUGACGAUAUUAACGAUGUCGCAGCUAUGGGUGGUGUCAAUCUUGCAGAGGAGUCUCAGAGGAUUCUUGGUUCGACAGAAUUUGUUGGAACACAAAUAAGAUCUUGCAAAGAUGAAGUAUUCUUACAUAUGACACCAUUGCAGCAAAGGAUUAAACAAAUUGUUUCUAAUUACGGAUUAGAAGAACCUAAUCAAGAAGUUGCGGCGUUAAUUUCACAUGCUGCGCAAGAGAGGUUAAAGAAUUUAGUAGAAAAAUUAGCAGUAAUUGCAGAACACAGGAUAGAUUUGAUAAAGGUGGAUCCGCGUUACGAGGUAACGCAGGAUGUUAGGGCACAGUUAAAAUUCUUGGAAGACUUGGACAAGGUUGAACGUAGACGACAUGAAGAGCAAGAAAGGGAAUUACUUUUACGCGCUGCAAAAAGUCGUGCGAAAACGGAAGACCCUGAGCAAGCCAAGCUUAAAGCAAAGGCAAAAGAGAUGCAACGCGCGGAAAUGGAAGAAUUAAGGCAAAGAGAAGCUAAUUUGACAGCUUUACAAGCAAUCGGUCCCCGUAAAAAGCCUAAACUCGACGUAGGAGGGUCUGCCAGUAGUCCAGGAAGUAAUUCCGGUUUGAAUACUUCAUCAACCGGAAUCAACCGACAAAUGCCAAUGAGGCCACGGUUGAAGCGGGUGAAUUUCAGAGACUUAUUGUUCCUUCUCGAACAAGAGAAAGAAACGUGUAGGAGCACGAUGUUGUAUAAAUCGUACUUGAAGUGAUGUUCUGUGAAGGGCAGGAACUUGAGUGACCCGCCCGAUAUCUGGCGCCCUACCGACAUGGUCUUGUGUGAGCUGGCCUCAAUGGACCUUGAUGGAUCAUGUAACAUUAGUGUACAUUGCACUGUACAGUGUUUCAUAAGUUGCAUACAAUGAAGUUCAUUGCGAAUCACGUCGGGAUUCCACAUACAUUCAAAAUAAGAUUAUUUCUACCAUGUCGAUAAGCUUCCCUACUGUAAAUGACUGAAAGUUUUUUAAAUGUAAUAUAAUAGAUUGUUCUUUAUUUUUCAACACAAAAUUACAUCAGUGAGAAAGAGCAAUGUGUAUGAGCACAUGCCUGAUGGUUCAGUCUUGGGUAGUCUGUUUAUGGCAAGAAUGAUCGUAUGGCCAUAUAUAAAUGUUGUUAUAUGGUGCAUGUAUGUAUAUGCAGAAUGAAUGAGUGUACAUUGUCAUUUAUGUAUAUGCCCGCUGCAUUGUAACACUUGACCUAUACUUUUGGACACUGUAGCGCUAGUGUAAAGAGUGCAGGUUUUGUUAUCAUAGUAAAUCGUAUUUUUGCAAAUUAUAAUGUAAUAAUAUACCGUGAGAGCACACUGUCCAAAAAGUAUGGAAUAAUUUGUACAAUACCUUACACAUAAAAAAUACUAAAUAGUGAUAAUUUCAAUGUUGGUACAACAAAAUAUAACUACUCUCCACCUUACGAUGGAAUUGUUAUCAGUAUAUUAUGUUGUAAUCUACAUUUUCAGUGUUUAUAAAAGAAUUAGCUGUUACGUUUUUUAUUAAAGAAAUAUUUACAAAAGUAAGAAUUACGGAUAUUUUUUCGAAUGAUGUUAAUUUAAUUAUUUAUAUUUCCUCUUCGGAAUUGGUGCAGUUUUUUUUUGCUAAUGUUCAGACAAAAAGUGUGCUUCGCGUAUAAUCAAUUGAAGAAAAAGAAAAAAAAAAGAAAAUUCAAAGCGUGUACCUGAUUUAUAAUGUAAAAGAAUUUGCUGCAGAUGUACGUGGGUGCCUAUUAUCGUACAGAGUAAUAAUUGAAAAGAUAUCGAUAUUUCCUAACUUGCUCAUUACGUGAGUGUUUUUUAACAUUUACGCGUGUCCGACAGAAAUCUUUAGUGAAAAGUUACGAAAAAUCAUGUAUAUGCCUACUAAUGCAACGGAGAUUGAUUUACGUAUAUUUCAGUAGCUAAGUAUGCGUAUGUAUCGUUUAUUGCGUUUAGAUUUGAUCCUUAGCGCAAUCAGUUUAGAUUGUCUACAUGCAGUCUACAUUGUAUCAGCUUCAAUUUUUUGCCGAUUUUUGAAUGUCUUGCGUUCACUCUUAGCGGUUUACAUACGAUCAUAGAAAUCAUUUUUGAUUCCACUUGAAUACUUUAAAUAUUUUACGCGAAACCGAUGAAGGAACAGUCAUGGUUAACGAUUUUUAUAGUCUAGUUGGGAGACAAUAGAAUUUUUUUUCUAUUAUACUGUCGUAGUUCGAUCGAAGUUCCAGAAUGAUAACGUACGAGGUAUACUAUUUAUUUUUCUUAGUAGUCGGCUAGAAAGGGUUACUUCAGAUUAUCCAUUGUAAAUUAAGAUUUUAGAAAGUGUAUUCCUGAUAAUCUGGAUUAACCGUUGUUCUCUAGAUGAUUUUCGUGCUUCCAUAUUCGCAGGAGAGCACGACGAUACAUUUCCUGACCGGCAUUCACGAAUAUUACAAAGGCACAUACACCUGUGAGUCUUCUAGUGUAAAUAACGUGAGAGAUAAAAAGAGCGAAUAAUCUACGUAACAUUUCAGUUACAAUUACGUGAAACGUAAUUGCUUCAACGGUUCAAAAUGACGAUUAAAAAAAAAAAAAAAUACAAUACGCGCACAAGACUGACGAAAUAUGUAAAAAGAACAAAAAAUAUUAAGUUGAACUGAACUAUUAAUCUUUGAAUAUCUGUAGCGCCGAUUAAUUGCGAGACGUAUCAGUACAAACGAGGAAAUUAUUUAAAAAGAAAAAAAAUAAUAGGUGGAAUGAUAUAUUGCAAUAUUGAUCUCAACUAUAAUUCUAUUUGUUAUUGCGUGCACCAAGGAGCGAUUGCCUUUUUAUAUAAUGCAAUUGAUAUAAUUUAUAUUAGGAGAAGAGCCUAAAAUUAAAAGAAUAGAAAAUACAAAAAAAAUACGGAAAAUGCGGAUCGUUGAAGCAAAAUUAUCGGAAUAUAAUGUAAAUAAUUUGGUUUUACUAGCCGUAUACUUUCAUCGUCUGAAAGGCGCACAUACCAUUACUUGUACCAUACAUUUUGCCGCGCACUUCACAUGUAAGGAAAUUUUUACUUAGCUGCGUGUUCCUCUUUGCAAUGAUGACGAAAUGCAUCAUUUUUUUUACGAGUGCUAGGAGAAAAAAAAAUAUGCAAGUUUUCGAAGUUAGAUUAUAACGUUCUCCUUACUGCCACUAGGUGGAAUUAUUAAUAUAAAUAUAAAUAGAGGAAUGUAAAAAAAAAAAAACAAAACUAAAGGUACAUAGCAGUUUUGGUACAGUAUGAUAUUUUUACAAAUUGUAAUUCGAUAAGCCGUAACCGAGAAAUAAUAAAACACAAGAUUAAGAUUCACCAAAGAAGAGCCCGAAUUUUUAUUCUUAGGCUUUUUAUGUUUUUGUCUAUUUUUUUUUUCUUUUUUUUUUGUUCAAAGAAAGUGCGAUUAUCUUGCGACACGCAUAAUUCAAUUUCUUUUGAUAGCGACAAAUUUUCGUUCGUUCACCUUAUAGUUGAAUAUUUAGAUAUAAUCUUCUUCGCGAAACUAUAAAGUCUAGAAAGUGUCGGGCUGUUAGUGUAUCAACAAAAUUAAACGAUAAAAAUGCUGAAAGUAAUAUCUGACUAAACAUUAUUCCCUACUGUAUCGUUUUUUGUCGCAUGCUUCCAUAACGAUAUUAACGAUACGUAUACCUAAAUACGUACAUACAGUGUACGUAUUCCUACUUACGUGUAACAACCUCGACAUAAUAUAAUAAAGUUUCUGGCGGAGAAUGUUUUUCUCAUGGACAUCAUU